CGGCGUCGCCCCCCAACAGCGGCGUCGCCCUCCCACAGCGGCGUCGCCCUCCAACAGCGGCGUCGCCCUCCAACAGCGGCGUCGCCCCCCAACAGCGGCGUCGUCUCCCACAGCGGCGUCGCCCCCCAACAGCGGCGUCGCCCUCCCACAGCGGCGUCGCCCUCCAACAGCGGCGUCGCCCCCCAACAGCGGCGGUCGCCCCCCAACAGCGGCAUCGCCCCCCAACAGCGGCAUCGCCCCCCAACAGCGGCGUCGCCCCCCAACAGCAGCGUCGCCCCCCAACAGCGGCGUCGCCCCCCAACAGCGGCGUCGCCUCCCACAGCGGCGUCGCCCCCCAACAGCGGCGUCGCCCUCCAACAGCGGCGUCGCCCUCCAACAGCGGCGUCGCCCUCCAACAGCGGCGUCGCCUCCCACAGCGGCGUCGCCCCCCAACAGCGGCGUCGCCCUCCCACAGCAACGUCGCCUCCCACAGCGGCGUCGCCCCCCACCAGCGGCGUCGCCCCCCAACAGCGGCAUCGCCCCCCAACAGCGGCGUCGCCCCCCAACAGCGGCGUCGCCCCCCAACAGCGGCGUCGCCUCCCAACAGCGGCAUCGCCCCCCAACAGCGGCGUCGCCCCCCAACAGCGGCAUCGCCCCCCAACAGCGGCGUCGCCCCCCAACAGCGGCAUCGCCCCCCAACAGCGGCGUCGCCCCCCAACAGCGGCAUCGCCCCCCAACAGCGGCGUCGCCCCCCAACAGCGGCAUCGCCCCCCAACAGCGGCGUCGCCCCCCAACAGCGGCAUCGCCCCCCAACAGCGGCGUCGCCCCCCAACAGCGGCAUCACCCCCCAACAGCGGCGUCGCCCCCCAACAGCAGCGUCGCCCCCCAACAGCGGCGUCGCCUCCCACUGCGGCGUCGCCUCCCACAGCGGCGUCGCCUCCCACAGCGGCGUCGCCCCCCAACAGCAGCGUCGCCCCCCAACAGCAGCGUCGCCCCCCAACAGCGGCGUCGCCUCCCACUGCGGCGUCGCCUCCCACUGCGGCGUCGCCUCCCACAGCGGCGUCGCCUCCCACAGCGGCGUCGCCCCCCAACAGCGGCGUCGCCCCCCAACAGCGGCGUCGCCCCCCAACAGCGGCGUCGCCCCCCAACAGCGGCGUCGCCUCCCACAGCGGCGUCGCCCCCCAACAGCGGCGUCGCCUCCCACAGCGGCGUCGCCUCCCACAGCGGCGUCGCCUCCCACAGCGGCGUCGCCUCCCACAGCGGCGUCGCCUCCCACAGCGGCGUCGCCCCCCAACAGCGGCGUCGCCUCCCACAGCGGCGUCGCCCCCCAACAGCGGCGUCGCCUCCCACAGCGGCGUCGCCUCCCACAGCGGCGUCGCCCCCCAACAGCGGCGUCGCCUCCCACAGAUGCGUCGCCUCCCACAGAUGCGUCGCCUCCCACAGCGGCGUCGCCUCCCACAGCGGCGUCGCCUCCCAACAGCGGCGUCGCCUCCCACAGCGGCGUCGCCUCCCACAGCGGCGUCGCCUCCCAACAGCGGCGUCGCCUCCCAACAGCGGCGUCGCCUCCCACAGCGGCGUCGCCUCCCACAGCGGCGUCGCCUCCCAACAGCGGCGUCGCCUCCCACAGCGGCGUCGCCUCCCAACAGCGGCGUCGCUUCCCACAGCGGCGUCGCCUCCCACAGCGGCGUCGCCCCCCAACAGCGGCGUCGCCUCCCACAGCGGCGUCGCCUCCCACAGCGGCGUCGCCUCCCACAGCGGCGUCGCCUCCCACAGCGGCGUCGCCUCCCACAGCGGCGUCGCCUCCCAACAGCGGCGUCGCCUCCCACAGCGGCGUCGCCUCCCAACAGCGGCGUCGCCUCCCACAGCGGCGUCGCCUCCCACAGCGGCGUCGCCUCCCAACAGCGGCGUCGCCUCCCACAGCGGCGUCGCCUCCCACAGCGGCGUCGCCCCCCAACAGCGGCGUUGCCUCCCACAGCGGCGUCCAUUCAUAUCCCUAA